AUGGAUCGCUCUAGCAACUCAAACAUCCCUGAGCCACCUCGCAGAUACUCCCACACAGACCGACAAGACUCCUCAGUAACACCGGGCGUCGAUAACCUAGGCCCCAACUCCAUAGGUGGCGGAAUCAGCGGCAUAGCACUCGGAAUCGCGAAUACACACGAUCGCCAAAGCGGUAUCGACGCGGUUCGCGGCAUGGAUAUGGAUUAUCAACAGGAUGGAUACACCGGUCCGGCUGAACGAGGCUUUCGCACAACUGGCUCGGAUAAUCCCUACGUACCUGUCUCGCCUAACUCUGGCACUGGGUAUGGGAGUCCUGAAUCGUUUCAAACGGAAUUGCAUCAAUUUCCGUACGGGUCGGGGUUGGCACUUGGGAAUGAGGGUGCAUCGCCGGCUAUGCAGACGCCCCAGCAUUCUAGUGCACAUUUAAGUGAGGCGCGGCGGAGUUUUUAUGAAGGCUCCAUUAAGGGUGCGAGUGCCCCGGCGCCUUAUGGUGGGAAUGGACUUGUCAGUGAUGGGCCUUAUCAGAGGUCGUCGCAGUAUAAUGCUGGGGCGAUGAGUAUACCGGUUGACAUUAAUCCUGAUGAGAUUGUGGAUGAUGGAGACGAUGAGUUUGGACCUGGGUCUAGGGCUCUGGCAACAGGAGCUGGUGCUGGGACCGGAGCUAAAGCGCACAGUGGCUUCUUUGGAGGGUUCUUUGGGACAGAGAAGGGUGCUGGUGUUUCUUAUGAUGCUGUGCCUGGCGGUGGAUUGGAGGCUGGACGCGGUGGGAAGAAGACGCUCGGUAUGGAAGGGAGAAAGAAGCGGGGAUUGAUAGUUGGCGCAGUGCUUGGUUUUAUUAUUCUUGCUGCCAUCAUUGGCGGUGCUGUUGGUGGCACGCUUGGAAGUCGACAUGCCGAUCAGUCAUCUUCAAGCGGGUCCGCAUCGGAUGAUGAGAAGAACAACGGAGAUCUUACCAAGGACUCGACUGAGAUCAAGGAACUUAUGGGAAACAAAGAUCUGCACAAGGUUUUCCCUGGAAUGGACUACACGCCUUGGGGUGUACAGUAUCCACUUUGUCUGAAGUAUCCGCCUUCUCAGAACAAUGUGACUCGUGACCUAGCGGUGCUGUCUCAGUUGACCAACAAUGUCCGCUUAUACGGCACGGACUGCAAUCAGACGGAGAUGACUCUGCACGCGAUUGACAAGCUUGGGUUGACUGACAUGAAAGUUUGGCUUGGAGUGUGGAUCGACUCGAAUACCACGACAACAAAACGCCAGAUCAAUCAGCUGUAUGACAUCUUGGAUAAAACCACCGAUAGGUCUAUUUUCAACGGCGUGAUUGUUGGCAACGAAGCCCUGUACCGCGCCGGUACAGAUAAGACAUCGGCCGAGACGAACCUCAUCAACUAUAUCACUGAUGUCCGAGAUGAGGUCAAGAAACGCAGCACCGACAUGCUGAUCGCUACAUCCGACCUUGGUGACAACUGGAAUGCCAAGCUGGUGAGCGCCGUCGAUGUUGUCAUGUCCAACGUGCAUCCAUUCUUCGCGGGUGUCAAUGUCGACGUUGCCGCUGCUUGGACGUGGAGUUUCUGGCAGAAUCACGACGUCUCACUCACCGAGGGCACAACAAAGAAGCAAGUUAUCUCCGAAGUGGGAUGGCCUAGCGAUGGAGGCAAAGAUUGCGGUGAAAGCCCGGUGUGCAAUUCCGAUACUCCUGGUUCAGUAGCAAGCAUUGAUAACAUGAACACAUUCAUGUCCGACUGGGUCUGUCAGGCUCUGGACAACGGCACCGACUACUUCUGGUUCGAGGCCUUUGACGAGCCGUGGAAAAUCCAGUUCAACACUCCUGGCAAGGAGUGGGAAGACAAAUGGGGUCUCAUGGACUCGGCACGCAAGAUCAAACCUGGUCUUAAGAUCCCCGAUUGCGGUGGCAAGACUGCUUCUUAA